AUGGCGAUCUCAAUCCCCCACCAGUCCAAGCAAAAUGGCACAUACCAACGUAGGAACAUCACCCAAUCAAAGCCAUCACUAUCUUCAAUCAAUGAAAAUGAAAAGCAACUCAGCAAUACGGUGAACAAACCACCCAAACAACACAAGAGCCGCACAGCCCUUCAACGCUGUAAGCGCUUUGCAACAAAAAACACAUGGGCCACACCGCUAGCCCUACUGCUAUCAAUCUCAUCACUAUACGCGGUCAACCCGACCGAGUCCAACAUCCUGCACCACUUUAUAUUCCUUUCCUACAAAGAGCCCUCAAAUGUGUCAUCCCAAAAUGCCAAACCCCAAUAUGGCAAGGGACCAUGGGAUCUAGCCUUCGUCCUCUUCUACACGAUUGUGCUAUCAUUCACCCGCGAGUUCGUAAUGCAAGAACUCCUCCGCCCACUAGCACGCAAGUACAUCAAAACCAACGGCAAGCAAGCCCGAUUCAUGGAACAGGCGUACACAGUGAUUUACUUUGGCAUCCUGGGUCCAGCGGGAUUGUAUGUGAUGCGCCAGACGCCAGUGUGGUAUUUCAACACGCAAGGAAUGUAUGAGGGUUUCCCGCAUCGGACGCAUGAAGCCUCGUUCAAGUUUUAUUAUCUUUUUGAGGCGGCGUACUGGGCGCAGCAGGCACUUGUUAUGUUGCUUGGGUUGGAGAAGCCCAGGAAAGAUUAUUAUGAGCUUGUCAUGCAUCAUAUUGUGACGCUUGUGCUUAUUGGGUUAAGUUAUCGGUUCCAUUUCACAUACUUGGGUAUCGGGGUUUACCUUACUCACGAUAUCAGUGAUUUCUUUCUUGCUCUGUCCAAGUCCCUCCACUACAUCGCACCAGAUUACAUGAUCCCCUUCUUUGCAACAUCAAUCGGUGCCUGGGUCUAUCUACGCCACGUAUUGAAUCUCCGUAUUCUAUACUCCCUCCUAAAUGAGUUCCAGACUGUUGGACCUUACGAACUCGACUGGGAGACUCAGCAAUACAAGUGCUGGAUUUCGAACAUCAUCACUUUUGGACUGCUGGCUUCUCUCCAGUGUCUCAAUCUCUUCUGGCUGUAUUGUCUUUUGCGCAGCGCUCUCCGGUUCCUUGUCACUGGUGAUAAGAAGGAUGAUCGGUCUGAGCCUGAUGAGUCGGAGAUUGAGGCGGAGGCUGAGAAGCAGAUCUUGGAAGAGGUCAACGGUCAUGUUGCUUUGAUUGGUAAUGGAGACGUUGUUUCUGGGAAGUUGAAUGGGGCUUCUCGCUAG